CUGGUAUACACCGUUGACACGGCUCGUGAUCACUCAACCUUGCUGACCAGCUCAAAAUCACAGAGAAGAACAGAGACGGCCGGCCCAACAACGGCUAUAUAUCUUUGGGAAGGGGAAGAGAAGGUGGGCAAGGUGGAAGUGAAUAUGGGAUCAGUGGAGGAGCACCAUGAUAUUGUGAUAGUGGGUGGAGGGAUAUGUGGGCUGGCCACUGCUCUGGCUCUCCACAGGAAAGGAAUAAGAAGUCUUGUUUUGGAAAAAUAUAACACAAUCCGAGCUACAGGGGCAGCAAUUGGUGUCUUCAUUAAUGCUUGGCGUGCACUUGACCAACUUGGCGUUGGUGCAGAGCUCAGGACAAAAGCUGUCUUGGUACCAGAGAACCAAGAUGUAUGGCGCAACAAAAAUGCAACACGACUUAAUUCUUGCAGGAAAGAGGAGCUUAGGUGCCUAAAAAGAAAUGAUCUUAUUGAAACAUUAUAUAACAAUUUGCCUGUCAACUCAGUUCGUUUUGGGUGCCAAAUUGUAGCGGUUGGAACAGAUCCCUUGACUUCAUUUCCUAUUCUCUAUACUCAUGAUGGAAUUAUCAUCAAAGCCAAGGUUUUAAUUGGCUGUGAUGGAUCAAAUUCGAUUAUAUCUAAGUCAUUAGGGCUGAAGCCUCCAAAAUCACUCACAAAUUGUGUUAUACGAGGUCUGACGAAUUAUCCAAAUGGCCACAACAUUGGCAACUAUUUUCUUCGGCAUUUGGAAGGUUGCAUGAUUUUCGGAAGGAUUCCAAUCGACAACAAUCUAGUUCAUUGGUUUGUAGAUUGGCCAUAUCCUGACAAAGAAGGUCCAAAAGAUCCAAAGUUCAUCAUUGAGUUGGCUAUAAGGCAGAUCAAGGACUAUCCAGCUGAGAUGAUCGAGAUGGUGAAGAACAGUGAUCCUGCUUCGCUGACCUUCACACGUAUUCGAUACCAAACUCCAUGGCACUUGGUGCUUGGAAACUUCUGUCGAGGCACAAUCACAGUUGCCGGGGAUGCCAUGCAUGUUAUGGGCCCAUUUCUUGGCCAAGGUGGCGGUGCCGCUUUGGAGGAUGCAGUGGUGCUUGCAAGAAGCUUAGCAGAGAUGAUGCCGAUGGGGUACUUUGAAGCCAAUGCCAGUGAUGAGGAGCUGAGAAAGAGAACUGAGACAGCACUGAAGAAUUAUGUGAAGGAACGGAAGCUGAGGGUGCUGAGGUUGGCAAUGCAAUCUGUGCUUGUGGGACUGUUGAUGUCUUCCCCAUCCAAGGUGAAAAGGCUCGUAAGUCUUGUUCUCCUAAUACUUUUCUUCGGUGGGCCUGCGCUUAGCCAUACUCAGUUUGAUUGUGGCCAUCUCUAAGGAGUCAAGGAUCAAUGUCUGUUCGCUGCAAAUAAUGGCCAAUGUGUUUUUUUUUAAAGAAAUAGUAGCCAAUAUGUUGUUGGACUGCAAAUCACUUUACUUAUGAAAUCAUAAUAUCUGUGUGUUAAGAUUUAUGAUUCAUUUCAGCAGAUUGAAGGCAGAAACUGUUGGUCCAUGGAUGCAGUGAAGUGACAUGUUUUGCUGAUGGCCUUGCACUUGUAAUCGGCAUGCUGGCAAACAUUUUUUUAGCUGUGAAUGAAAGUUCUUAUGACACAAUAAAAUUAUUGUUUGUCCCUCAAUCCAA